UUCUGUAAGCUAUAAGUAAAAACAUAAGGAAGAAGCUAACAAAAUUAUACGCUUUCAAUGCAUCUCGACUAAUGACCUCGGGAACUGCCCUUCAAGCUUUUCUGUUGUUUUGCGAGGGGGGAAUGAAGGCGCGGGCGGCACCCCCUGCUCGGGCAGCAGCUGUGGUAGCGCCCAGGCUCGCCGCGAGCCGCUUGGGCGCGCAGUUCGAAGGCGCGAGGGGUGCGCGCGGCAGCGGGUUUGGGUGUCGUUUCUCUCCUCAGCGGUGGCCUCUCAGGUGUCCGCGUCUGGGGGCGGAUGGGGCGGCAGGUUGCUCUCCUUGGGCGUGCUUUGUGCCGCUGGGGAAGUCUCUGGCACCUGUGAGCCUCAGCCCGCGUCUUAGGGCGGCCUAGGGUAGCACCGGCUCGCUGAGUGUCUCAGCUGUUACCUUGUGAGACUUGAAGGCUUGAAGCAAAGCAACGAGACGCAGACUCGCACUGGCUGGUUUCUCACAGACUGCUGAACGCUCUUCCGACAAAAGCAAAUGCUUAGGGGUGUAUACGGGCAGUAACAUUGAUUCUGAGAAAUGGACAACAGUAUUUGUCAAGUUUAUGAAGAAAUCCAGUCACUGGAAGAAGAAAUUAAAUUAUUGGCUGAAAAGUAUGAAGAGAACCAACAUGAAUCCACCUUUUUUUCUGAUGAGGAAAUAGUAAUGUCAAUAAAAUCAUUCCAAAGAGAAUUUCAGGGAGAAUCUAAGGGACGUGAAUCUCCAUCAGACCUGAAAGCUGAACUUGAAAGUCUAGAAGCAGAUCUCUCAUUUUUAAUGAAAUUUACUGGUAUUCAGUUCACAAGUCAUUCCAAGAAAACAGUGGAAAAAACUAGAAACAGAACAGUGCAAAAGCACAGAUUAUCAGGGAAUUGCCACUCCCUGUCUUUUCAAUUGGAAUUCCAGCUUCUUGAAAUGCAGAACAAAGAGAGUGUGUCUGCUGUUAUUACUGAUCUCAGCAUUAUAAUGGAAUCUGGAGAAGAUUCAGAUAUGAGCAAGUUUGUGUCAAGUACUGAAGAACGUGGAAAUCUUUUAACAUUUUUCAGAAGCCUUUCAUCUUAUGCUGAGUGGUAUGAACAUCGUAGAUGCACCUUCCUACAUUUCAAGGCCAAGUAUCCGGACAUCGUGACCCUUCCGGAAGGACUGCUGGGAGAUUAUAUAAUUCUAAGGAACCCCAAACUUUCUGGGUUUGAAUUAAUGAUUGUUUGGAAGAUACACAUAGAUGAAGAAGGGAGAACUACGCCUGUUCUAGACCUUCUGACUAAAGUGCCGGAGCAAGUCUUGCAGCAGAAGAUGGCAACUAUUGAAACUGCACCCGCCCGCUUCCGAAGCAUGCUGCUUCUGUUUGGGAUCGAGACAGCUAUUGAGAAUCUGAUCAAAGUGGUUGGCUUGGAAAAAUGAAUUCCAGCAUUACUUACAACAGGUAGUAUGCAUAUGCAGCACUAGCCUUAGUAAGCCUGCAGAAAGAAUCACUGCUGCUCCAACUUAGGUUCAAGGUAAUACAAAUUUAGUAUCAGAACUCGUGUCCAAGCAUACUGAAGGAUGGAGGACUUACUACUAAGUCACCACUGCACAAGUCAUCUCCAUCAUGAACAUUUUAUCCAAGAACUGCAAGGCAAAUGCAGAAAACAAUAUUCUCUAAAAAUAACAAGGCUUUAGUAAAGCAAAUUCCCCCGCAUAAAAGCAGACUAUCAUUGCUGACACAAGUCAAAACAGGUAAUAUUGUGGCAAAGCCUCCUGCCUUACAGUGAAAGAUGUUACCUCUUGAUUAUUGCCUUGGCUUUAAUGAUGUGCUUAAUAAAGAAUCCUUUUUUUCUAAUUAGGCAGUUAUAGGCAACUCACCUUGGAAAAACUCACAUGAGGACACCAAGGCAGAACAAUUGUUCCUAGUUAAACCCACAUAUAUCUACUAUGAACAAUCAAUUCAAAUUUCAAGAAGAGAAUAAAUAUAAAACCUUAAAUAUUUUUAUCAACUUAAAACUCAUCAGAAACAGACUUCUGUCCUAAAUGUCUUAAGUAGAACUCUACCUUACUAAUAUGCUCACAGCCAAAUAUUUGGACACUCUCCCAAAAACCCCACUUUUUCUAACAGUUACUUGAAUUGACUGAACUGUACAAACACAUCUUCUAUUUCUAAACGAGGAGUCAAUCACAAGCAGUUCUCUUACCAUUCAUCUUGUAGACAGGGUGAAAGGGCAAUCAUGAUGGAGCAGUCUUUAGCCGUCAUCGCUAUUCUAUACUGCUGCAC